AUGUCGAACCCGAACGUGUACCUCUUGGCUGCCGAUAACGACCCCGCGUUGUUGCCCCUCCUUCGAGAAAAGCCUGCCCUGGCCGCCUCACAAGAUGAACACGGCUACUCUCUUGUCCACGCCGCUGCCAGCUAUAAUCACCUCAACCUCCUCCGAGCGCUUAUUCGCGAGUUCAACGUGGACGUCGAUCUAAAAGAUGAGGACAAUGAAACCGCACUGUUCGUCGUCGAGACUGUGGCUGCCGCCAAGAUUCUUGUCGAGGCUGGUGCAAAUGUGAACCACAGGGGCUCCGAAGGUUUCACAGCCCGAGAAAAAAUUGAGUCCGAGGGCGAUUUCCCUAUCGUUGUCGAGUACCUGGCUAGAAUUGAAGCAAAGCAAGCCAACGACACUGCAUCAACCGCGGCCGCCGUCUUGCCUGAAGCUAUUCCUCCGCCUCCGGAAGGAAUGAAGGUAACUGUCGGCACGAUGGACGAGAGCCAGGACAUUCCCGAAGAUAUUGAUCCCGAAUUUCGGAGACGGAUCGAAGAGCUGGCUGGACGCGACGACUUCAACACCCCUCAGGGCCAGGCCGAGUUGCGAAAACUGGUCGAAGACGCUAUCCUGGGAGAGGGCAUUGGCGACGAGCGGAACGUGCGAUCGAAGCAAGGAUAG